UCGACUUAACACUUCACGGUGAGCUGAGAGCCCGGGCCUACUUCAACUUUUCAAGGACUGCUAGGAUGCUUCGAGGUACAUCCGCUACUUUACGCAACCUUGCGCAUAGUAUUCGGCAUGUUAGCCCCCCAUUCUCCACGUCAGCAGUUGCGGCAUCAACCCAGCCUAACGCAGCUCUAGAACUCGACCCAACGCUAAAGGCGCUUUUGCAAGAUAUAGAUAUAUCCUUGACAAGCCAUAAGCAGGUAAUGGCAAAGAGACCCCCACGCGAGCUUGAACCUGUCGCGAUUGAAUACCCAGAGGAGGCCGAGGACGCGGAGGACUUCGUUGAAGCAAAAAAAAUCGGUGCUGUUGUUAUUCCCACUGAAUUGCAAAAGGCAAUCACUGCUCUGAUAGAUGCUUCUGACAAGGUACAGCUACAUAGUGAUGCGACGCGUCUCUUCUUUGAUGAGAGUGAAGGAUGGGAUCACUCAUACGACGUGAAAUACCGCUCUCGUAAGCAAGGGGCGCGACACUCUGACCGUGACGGGACAGCGUUCGCGUCGGUCGUUCUCCCUGCACAUUAUUCUGCCAUCUGUGCUGUGCUCCACCAUGUUAAGCACAGAUUAGGUCCACAAUGGAAUGCGCAGCGUGUCAUAGACUGGGGCUCAGGUGCAGGCAGCGGAUUAUGGGCAUCGAUGAAUACUUUUCAGAAGCCCACUAGCGCUUCCGAGGAACCGCGCCUCUCCACAUCCAACAUCUUCACAUACCUCGGUAUUGACAAACGUGAUGGACUUGUUACAAUAGGCAAACGUCUACUGAGAGAUACAGACUUGGGCACCCUCAGCGCAACUUGGCAAAGGUCUUUCCGGGAAGAUGAUAUAAUUAAGCGAACGGAGGGGCAUGAUACUCUCGCCCUGUCUGCUUUCAUGCUUUCAACUCUACCGACGCCUCUUGCGCGGAAGAAGUUCGUGAAAGAGUUGUGGGAAAGUGGAGCACAUACCAUCGUUCUGAUCGAUCACAAAACCAAAGCUGGGUUUCAGAACAUUGCAGAAGCACGCGAAUAUCUCCUCGAGAUGGGGCGUAAAGAACUCAACGACCCAGAAACUUCAGACUGGCCUGUUCGCGGUGCCCACGUUGUUGCUCCUUGCCCACACGAUGGUUCUUGCCCUCUGUACUCUGGAAAAUCCGUGAGCUUAGUGUGUGGCUUCUCACAACGUUUGCAACGUCCGUCCUUUGUUCGUCUCACAAAACAUGUACGUGAGGGUCACGAAGAUAUCGAGUACUCUUAUGUUGCAAUUCAACGCGGGCCACGCCCAAGUACGGUGGGCGAAGGCAUCUCCACGCAGGUGAGGAGUGUAGGACGUAUUGGCGCUGUCGGUCGCGAGGAGGCAGAGCAGAUCAGGCUAAAGGAAGGGAGGGUGACGAAGGAGCUUGUACUUGAUGCAGAUCAUGUUGAGACGACGGAUGAAGCUGAAACGACCGAUCACAUUCCUGCGGAAAUUUUGCCAACUGAAAACUCAAAGGAGGUUGAAGCCGCACUGCGAAAUGAGGCAUUCUAUUGGCCGCGCCUCGUCUUCCCACCUUUGAAGAAGAGCGGGCAUAUCAUCAUUGAUGCAUGCACUGCGGAAUGCAAAAUUAUGCGUCUCACUAUCCCGAAAUCCCAAGGUAAACAACCAUUCUAUGACGCGCGGAAAUCGUCCUGGGGCGAUAUUUUCCCUCAUCCACCAAAAAAUCGCCCACAGGAGAGGUUCCAGUUUACGCGGGAAGGUGGAUCAAGGGGGGAUGAUAUUGGAAAGAGGGCAAAGGGACGGGACCGUCCGAAAGGCGAGAAGAGUUAUUCAAAGGUAGAGGAGGCGUUGAAGGAGAGGAAGAGGGCUUCCAGACGCGAUCGUGCAGUGCAGAAGGAAGACUUCGAAUUGCUAGCCGAGCGAUAGUGGAAAUCUUUUUUUCUUGUUUGGAUCUCUUGCAUUUGUUCUGCUCGUCUCCACUCACACGUUACUACACUACUGAAGAUGAAUCUAAUGUAUCACCAGUAUCAUUGCUAUCGAACUUAGUGUUACUCC